AUGAAGGAUUGUACAAUAUUCAUUGUAUUAGAGAAUACAGUAUCUAAUUUGAUGGCAAGCAGUCGAUUAAUCAAACGUUAUGAUUUGAACAGAUUAAAAGUUGAAAUUGAAUUAACUCCUAUGAAACCUACUUUAUCAGAACUCACUCAUUAUUAUCGUUUGAAUCGUUUAAUUCAAGUGAUUAAUGAAAAUUAUCAUUUUUAUGAACAUUUAAUUAAUCAAUUAAAGUGGUUCCAUACUAUCAUCGAUGAUGAAAGGGAUAAAAUGAAAUUUAUCCUUGAAAGUAUUUUAAAUUAUAGAAAUCCUAAUAGUAAUGGAAUACCAAUUAUAUACUACAUUUUUAAGAUAUCCUACAUAAUGGUUGAAAUAUGUGAAUCAAGAAAAUCCCACAUAUCAAAUACUAUAGCCAAUAGAAUAGUUGUUGAAUAUGAUAACAAUAAUAAGAAUAACUUGAUGCAUUCAAAUAUCGAUUUGGAAAUAUUUAUCUCAGAAUUACAUGUUUUAAUGGAUUAUUUCAUAGAGUAUUUAUGUUAUUUCAUAAUGAAUUUACGUAAGAAGAUUUCAGAAAAUGAAAAUUUCAUUCGUUCUUUUACUUCAACUUCUUUGACAAUGUUAACGAAAUCAUCCAAUGCAUCAUCAUCAUCAUCAUCAAGAUUGACAUGUUCAGUGAUGACAUUAAGUUCUAUAUCAAAAUUAAUUGAUGAUCUAAUAGACAUUGAAUCUCAUAUGCCUAUGAAAUACAAUGAACAAUAUACUGAAGCAAAAAAACGUUUAUCAACAAUGAUUAAUUUUACAAGUUUAUAA